CAACCUUGGGACUCCAUCUCCCUCUUCUCUUCUCCCUCAAUCCCCUUAGACUUGUGUCUUUCCCCUCGCGCACUCUACCUUAUCCCCUGGCUCCGCGCACUAAGUGCCAAGGCUGACCGAGCAGCCGUCACUUCCCCGUUCCCUCGACUACCCUCCGAUCCCCGACAAUUAGCGCUGGCACGUGUAGCAGACGCUGCCACUUGCAGCGGCAGGAUCUUCUGACAUAACGCUCGCUGGUACGUGAGAUUACUCGUCAUAUCCACUAUGGGGUUCCUCGGUGUCUACUCGGCUGUGUACGAUUACCAGCCACAAGGGGAGGGUGAACUCGAGAUUCACGAAGGAGACCUGCUGUAUAUCUUGGAAAAGAACGCGGAAGAUGACUGGUGGAGGGCUAAGAAAAAGGCCGAGCGGGAGGAUGAAGAUGAACCCGAGGGUCUAGUCCCCAACAACUAUGUCGAAGAGGCGCAACCAGUACACAGAGCCACAGCCCUUUUUGAUUACACGCGACAGACAGAUGAGGAAGUGUCUUUCUCUGAAGAUGCCGAAUUGCUGGUGUACGAUAUCUCGGACCCGGAUUGGACAUUGGUAGGAAUCAACUCGGAUUAUGGGUUUGCGCCGUCAAAUUACAUAGAAAUCAUUGAGAAUACUGCCUCUGCUGCAGCGCAUGCCCCUGCUCCACCUUCUGUCCCAGCUGCGCCCGCGUCACCAUCUCUCCCACAGCGACCAGCGCAAGCCUCAGAAGAAGAAGUUGAGACAUCGCCCGCCAGCUCCCCGAUUGAUGUGUCUCACAACCCCGCUGCUGCUGCGAUUGCCAAUAUAAUCCACAAACAGCAUGCUCCCACUGGUGUCCCUACCGAGUCAUCUAGAGAUGAGCCUCCGCCACCCAGCCUUCCAGUCCGACCAUCGUACGACCAAGCAGAGGAACGCAAUGGGGAGUCUCCACCCCCGGCUCUACCGCGCCGACCACCUUCGGAGCAUGCAACACCACCAAUGCCUCAGUAUUCGCCUGAGCCAUCUCCGGCGCCACCUCGUCCUCAGCAGGCGGCGCCUCCUUCGCUUAACCGCGAUGGAACUCGCGUCAAGGCUUCCCCACCUUACAAUCGGGCGGGUGAGAUGACACCGCGGUCUCCUUCGGGGUACCACAUCUAUAACAUCAAUGAGAUGGUCGAGGUAAUGGGCAAGAGAAAGAAAAUGCCAACAACACUGGGCAUCAACAUGGUUACUGGGAUCAUUUUCAUUUCUCCCGAGGGAGAUGACCGGCAACAAGAAUGGAGCGCGGAAAAGCUCACUCAUUACUCGAUUGAAGGCAAGCAUGUCUUCAUUGAUCUUGUUAGGCCAAGCAAGAGCAUCGAUUUCCACGCAGGGGCAAAGGACACUGCUCAAGAGGUGGUCGCAGCGCUCGGCGAGAUUGCUGGAGCCUACCGGGCUGAGGGAUUGCGUGAGGUCCUGGAAGCCGGAGAAGGCGGUGGCCAAAAGAAGGGCCAGAUUCUCUACGACUUUAUGGCGCAAGGCGAAGAUGAAGUGACGGUGGCCGUGGGUGAUGAGGUCGUCAUCAUAGACGACAGCAAGUCUGAAGAGUGGUGGAUGGUGCGGCGAUUGAAGAACAAUAAGGAGGGCGUCGUCCCUAGCAGUUAUGUCGAAAUCACAGGAUUGGUGACCAAGCCACUCCUUCCAGAAGAACCAGGUCUGACGAGCGUGGAAAAGAAUAGAAGAGAAGAAGCCCGACUGACCAAGCUUGCAAUGGGUAAGUCACGGACGGACUCGCUGGAUUCUUCGGACCGCCAGAAGCGCGACAGCAAAUCGAAAUCCAAACCCGAUCCAAAAAAGGUUCGCAAAUGGACGGAUCGAUCUAAGAGCUUCACGGUGGAUGCGCAGUUCAUAGGUCUCCAGGAUGGCAAGAUUCAUCUGCACAAAGUGAAUGGUAUCAAGAUUGCCGUCCCUGUCUCGAAGAUGUCCGUUGAAGAUUUGGAGUUUGUGGAGAAAGCCGCCAACGUUUCUCUGGAAGAGGAUAAACCUCUUUCGAGCCUCAAAUCUCGAGUCACUCCUGAGGCUAGCAAGUCUGGAGCUUCUGUACAACAUCCCGAGUACGACUGGUUCGACUUCUUCUUGAAGGCUGGCGUUGGGCCACAUCGGUGUGAGCGUUAUGCACAAAGCUUCAUUAAGGAUUCAAUGGACGAAUCUGUGCUGCCUGACAUUAAGAUGGAAACCCUUAUAACUUUGGGGUUAAACCAGGGUGACGCUUUGCGCGUAAUGAAGGUCUUGGAUACCAAGUACGCCCGUGUCGACAAAUCGAAGCCUCGAAAUGUUAGCUUUGGGGGUGAAGAAUUUAUUGGUAACGGAGAUGAUGGAGGGCAGGGUGGUCUAUUCUCCGGGCCCGGUGGUACACUGCGCAACAACACUCGCAAGGGCAGGCCCACCCCAAGUGUCCAAGCUGGAGAUGUUGUUGAUCCAAAGGUAUUUGGACAGACAGACGACUCCAAGUCACAGGAUAAACCGGCAAGCCCGCGUCCUGCUGAGCCUGAGAAGCCUGUUGCACGCGGAUUUGACGAUGAUGCUUGGGAGGUAAAGCAGCCAAAGCAGCCUUCCGCAACAUCUGUAUCUGCUACCUCGACUCCGCCAGCGGCAGCUCAGGCUCCGAUCCAAAAGCAAAUCACAGGGGCGAUGGCGGAUCUAUCUCUGCUUCAAGCUCCUUUGCAGCCGACACCCGCACAGCCCACUGGCACCGCACAGCCAGUCCCGCCUAUGCCGGCUCUUCAGCCGCAACAAACUACGGUGCAGUCACCGGUAGUCCAGCCCCAGCAAGCAGGUGCCACGCCCAGCUUCUUUAACCAAGUGGCACAGGCAGGGCAACAGGGCUUUAGCCCCCAGCAGACCGGAUUUCAACCAACACAAGCCAGGCAGCGCCCCCAGCCUCCUCACGCCUUGGGACAAAACUCGCUUUUGCCUCCUCCCCCUCCGCGUCCACUGUCUGCGCCACAGAACUUCUCGCAACAACAGAGCUCCUUUGGUCCUCCUCCAUUGCAGGCUCAACUGACUGGACUUCCCCAGGCAGGCCCUCCGGUUGCCCCUCCCGGACAGAGUCUGAGCGAAUUGAACCAACAGCGUUUCCAGUCGACAAUGCAGCCUCAAGCAACGGGUUUCAUGGGACAGAACCAGUACGCAAAUGGCCUGAUGCCUCAGCCGACAGGAUUUGUUCCACAGUCCCAAUUCGGCAUCCAGCAACAGCAACAACCAUUCCCUCAGCAGGCUGGCUUCCAGGGACUUGCAUCGCAGCCUACAGGCUUUGGGGGAUUUGCGCAGCCCCAGCAACCAAUGCCAACUGGUAUCAACUCUGUUCUCCCUCCGGCAUUGCAACCACAACCCACUGGUGCCAAUGGCUUCGGUAAUCAGUACUCUGCAACCUCUCCACCCCCCGUGCCGCCGAUUCCCCAGCAGCCAACAGCCACUCCUCUGUCACCGCAGAAGACAGGACCGCCUCCGUCCGUCAGAUUCGGUGUUAAGCCUGAUGGUCCCAAGAAGCUUGAGCCCCAGCCAACUGGACUCAGGGCUAAUCUCUCACAAGCUACACCCCAUAAUCCAUUCGGCUUCUGAUCUGCUGUCUUCGCUUGGUUCUAGACUGGCGUAUAUAAAUCCUGGUUAUAUGGCAAUUGGGCUCCCUCCCCACCCCCUGCAUUAUCCUUAUUUGAUGUUUUGCGUGUUUCUGGGAUAUUCUCUUCCUUAUUGCAGCUUGUCUUUUCGAUGGUGCUGGUGUCCUUGGGACCGACACGCGUACAUAUCAUGGCUCUGGACCUCAUUCUGACGCAGCGCGUAUCGAAUCUCACGCCACGAAUCAUUUUACUUCCCUACAGAGAUUCCGUACUUGGCAAGGCAUCAUAUUCCCCUUUUGUGCUCUUUCUCAGAUAUGGUUAUGCCUCUCCUGUCCCGCAUUUCUUGCUGUCUCUAGCCUCUUGUCAUAUAAUUCCCGUCGAUGAUGAUGGUCAUUGUGUGGAUGUCUCUCUUUUUCCUGUUUCCUCUUGUCUUUCUGUGCUACCUGGAUGGUCCAUUUUGAUCUUGUCCUUUACCAGUUCAUACAUAAUCCAGCAACAUGUUCGCAGCCUUUGCAGUAGCACAUUUUCUUUCUCUGGACUGUUUCCAGCUUUCGAUGAUGUAUGUACGGUGUAAAACGAAGCGAAUCAACCCUUUUUGUCACCCCAAUUUUGAUUCCG